AUGUCUGUUGUGUCGUUGCUGAACGUCGACGUCCGCAACAAUCCCGCGCCUUUCACUGCGCCCUACGAAUUCGAAAUCACCUUUGAGUGCGUCGAGCAGCUGAAGUCCGACCUGGAGUGGAAGCUCACCUAUGUCGGCUCCGCGACUUCCUCCGAACAUGACCAAGAGCUUGACUCCCUCCUCGUCGGCCCCAUUCCUGUCGGCGUGAACAAGUUUGUUUUCGAAGCCGACCCACCGAACCUCUCGCGCAUCCCGAACAACGAAAUCCUCGGCGUUACCGUCAUUCUCCUCACCUGCAGCUACGACGGCAGAGAGUUCGUGCGCGUGGGAUACUAUGUCAAUAACGAGUACACGGACGAGGCUUUGAUCGCCGAGCCACCGGCUAAGCCCGUCAUUGAGAAGGUCCGCCGCAACAUCCUGGCCGAGAAGCCUAGGGUCACGCGCUUUGCUAUCAAGUGGGACUCGGAGGAGAGUGCUCCAGCGGAAUUCCCGCCCGACCAGCCUGACGCUGACCUGGCCAACGAUGACGAGGAUGCCUACGCUGCGGACGAAGCCGGAGAGGACCUCGAGGAAGAAGAGGAGGUUAAGGCCGACGGCGAGGAUGAGGAGAUGGGCGGAGCCGACGACACUGCUGGCCCCGCCAAGGACGACGAUGAUGCCUCUGAUGCUGGCUCUGAGGAUAUUGAGGGCGAGAGCAGCGAGGAUGACGAGGACGACGAGAUGGAGGGAGGCGGCGACGACGACAUGGAGAUGGACGACGAUUCGAAGGCCAAGCAACAACACAUGCCCGCACACAACGCCGAUGUCAUGGUCCACUAG